AUGGAAGGGUAUGUUGAAUGUGGUGGGAGCGGGCAGUCAACUCCCCGAAUUACCACUGUAAAGAGACCCGCAAAUAAUGACUCUACUGGAAAGGGCGAGGAGGUUCCGGCUUCGAGGCGGUGCUUGAUUCCUCCAGACGGGGCUUCAUCUUCAUCAUCAGCCGUCAGAGCUCCUCCUUUGAGGGACGAGGAAAUUGCCCGAAUCUUGAAUCAUGGCAGUGAAGAGGAUGCUGACAGCGAUGAUGAAGAUGAAGAUUUAGUUCAGCCAAGGCAGAUGGCCAUCGAGCGCUGCACGAUGGCGUCGGCGCCGGCCGCCAGCGCUGCAGAGACGCGUGCCAGUGCCCCACGCCCCGACCUGCCCGCGUCGAGCCACGUCCUCACGCUCGAGCACGGCGAACAUAAUGACUCCACCCUAUACAGAUUCGAAAAGGGCUGCUAUUUACAAUUUUGCCCGGGUCCUUCGUUACUUGGACGAAAAGUGUUCCUCUACACCAAUUAUGUGAUGUCUGACAGCCAGGAGGAGGGGGCGAGUGAGGCGUGUGUAGGCGAGUUUAUCCGCAACCAGUACUACGGGCUAGAGUGGAGGCGCGAGGGCACCGAGGGCGAGUCGCCGGCGCCGCUCGGCACGGGCCUGCUUGUCGCCGAUACCGAUAUCUUCUGCCAACUAAGUCUCACGAGGGCCGGUUCUUUCCACUACUACUUCGUCUACGACAAUGCUGAGUCAACGAUCGGGCCGCAGGGCUCGGGCUGGUUCCACGUGGCUCCGACGCUGCGCGUGGGGCCGGCCGGGCGCGACACCAUACCGCUGGACGGGCUCAUGUGCCAGACUGUGCUAUCCAAGUGCCUGGGGCCGCUGCCACGAUGGGAGUCCGUACUGCGCGUCGCGAAGGAGUCCGGUUACAACAUGCUGCAUUUCACGCCCGUCCAGGAACUCGGCGCCUCAAAUUCCGGCUACAGUAUUGCGAAUCAGUUGCGCCUCAAUCCCUCGUUCGGCGCCGACGCGGGCUGCGAGGCCACCUUCGCGGACGUCGAGAACCUCGUCUCUAAGAUGCGGACGGAAUGGAAAAUGCUGUCGAUCUGCGACAUCGUGCUGAACCACACGGCGAACGAGUCGGCGUGGCUGAGCGCGCACCCCGAGGCCUCGUACAACUGCAGCAACUGCCCGCACCUGCGGCCGGCGGCGCUGCUGGACGCGCAGCUGGCGCGGCUGUCGGGCGGCGUGGCGCGCGGCGAGCACGAGGCGCGCGGGGUGCCGCGCCGCCUCAGCGCGCCCCAACACCUGGACGCGCUCCGCGACCUGCUGCUCACGCACCUACUGCCCGAGGCGCGCCUGCACGAGAUGUACGCGUGCGACGUGCCGGACCUCGUGCAGGAGUUCUACUGCAUGGCCAGAAAUAAGGUGCCGGCGCCGGGCGGGUGUGCGGGCGGCGGUGCGGGGGGUGAGGAGCUGCGGCUGGUCCCCGACCCGCAGUUCCGCCGCCUGCGCGCCACCGUCGACAUGGACCUGGCGCUACAGCUCUACAACGUUUACAGAGCGGAAUGCUACGACGAAGAAUCUCGGUUGAAGAAGUGUUGCGAGGAGAUGAAACGUAAGCUGGAGCAACUGAACGAGGCGGCCGCCGACGAAGUGCGAGAGCACCUGCGAGCCGCCGUGGACAACGUCGUCGCGGGAAUACGAUACUACAGGCUGCAAGCCGACGGUCCGAAGAUCGAAGAGGUCAGCGAUAAACAUUCGCUCGUGCCGAGGUACUUCACGUGGGCGUGUCCGGUGGAGAGCAGCUCGCUGAGCGAGGUGGAGGACGUACUGUACUCGGAAGCGGGCCGCCUGUGCAUGGCGCACAACGGAUGGGUCAUGGAUGCCGAUCCGUUGCAGGACUUUGCGGCCAAGGCCGCCGGGGCCAGGGUCUACCUGCGCAGGGAGCUCAUCGCCUGGGGCGACAGCGUCAAGCUCAGGUACGGCGACAAGCCCGAGGACAGCCCGUUCCUGUGGGCGCACAUGCGCGAGUACGUGGAGCUCACGGCCGAGGUGUUCGACGGCGUGCGGCUCGACAACUGCCACUCCACGCCGCUGCACGUCGCGGAGUACAUGCUGGACAGCGCGCGCAACGUGAAGCCGGAGCUGUACGUGGUCGCGGAGCUGUUCACCAACUCGGACCACGUCGACAACAUCUUCGUCAACCGCCUCGGCAUCACUUCGCUCGUCCGAGAGGCGCAGAGCGCGUGGGACGCGCACGAGCAGGGCCGGCUGGUGCACCGCUACGGCGGGCGCGCGGUGGGCGCCUUCCCCCGCGCGCCGCGAGCCCCCGCCGCCCCGCGCGUGGCGCACGCCAUGCUGCUGGACCUCACGCACGACAACCCCUCGCCGCUCCAGCGCCGCUGCGUGUUCGACGUGCUGCCCAGCGCCGCGCUCGUCGCCAUGGCCUGCUGCGCCACCGGCAGCACGCGCGGGCUGGACGAGCUGGUGCCGCACCACGUCCACGUGGUGGACGAAACGCGGCUGUACGCGGCGUGGGACGAGGGCGAGGCGGGCUCGGGGGCCGAGGCCGAGGCCGAGGGCGAGCCGCGCGUGUCCGCCGCCAGCGGCAUCGUGGCCGCCAAGCGCGCGUUGAACCACCUGCACCUCGAGCUCGCCGCCGCGGGCUACGACGAGGUGUACGUGGACCAGAUGGACGCCGACGUGAUAGCCGUAACGAGACACGAACCGCACACUCGUCAGUCGGUGAUCCUCGUGGCCUUCACGGCGUUCACCGCCCCGAGCGCGGCGCGACCCGUCAAGCCGCUACGCUUCGAGGGGCAGCUCGACGAGAUAAUCUUCGAGGCCGAUCUCCGCCACCGCGACUACGAGAGCACGGGCGAGGCGCUGCGGGCGCCGGGCGAGCACGCGCGCCACCCGCGCUACGUCACGGGGCUGGCGCAGUACGAGUGCCUCGUGCGCACGCGCGUGCCGCUGGCGCAGUCGCGCGCCUUCGCCUCGCAGCGCGCCGAGGGCGGCGCCACGCUGCUGGAGUUCCGCGCGCUGCUGCCCGGCUCCGUGGUGGCGCUGCGCGUGUCGCCGCGGGCCCCGCAGGCGGCGGCGCUGGCGGAGCUGAGCCGCGCGCUGCGGCCGGGCGGCGCCGACCCGCUCGCGCUGGGGCCGGCGCUGGCCGAGCUGGAGCCGGCCGACUUCAACGCGCUGCUGUACCGCUGCGACGCGGAGGAGCGCGAGGCGGGCGGCGGCGGCGUGUACGACGUGCCCGGCCACGGGCCGCUCGUCUACGCCGGUCUGCAGGGCGUCGCGUCGCUGCUGAGCACGGUGACGCCGAGCGACGAUCUCGGCCACCCGCUGUGCGACAACCUGCGCGCCGGCGACUGGCUCGCGGAGUACCUGUGGCGCCGCCUCGAGCGCGAGCCGCGCCUCGCCGCCGUCGCGGCGCGCUACCGCGACGCGCUGCGCCCGCUGGCCGCGCUGCCUCGCUUCCUCGUGCCCGCGUACUUCGCGGCCCUGGUGCGCGCGCUGCACCGCGCCGUGUGCGAGGCGGCGCUGCGCCGCCUGGGCGCGCCCCGCGACUCGUUCCGCCGCGCGCUGGCGCUCACCAGCGUGCAGCUGCUGGGCGCCGUGCGCUCGGCCGCGCUGCCGCCCGCUUCCCCCGCGCUGGCCCCGCCGCGCGCCUGGCCGCUGUCGCUGUCGGCGGGGCUGCCGCACUUCGCCGUGGGGUACAUGCGCUGCUGGGGCCGCGACACGUUCAUAGCGCUGCGCGGCGUCAUGCUGCUGACGGGUCGCGCGGAGGACGCGCGCGCGCACCUGCUGGCGUUCAGCGCGUGCCUGCGCCACGGCCUGAUCCCGAACCUGCUGGACGGCGGGCGCGCGCCGCGCUACAACUGCCGCGACGCCGUGUGGUGGUGGCUGCAGAGCGUGAAGCAGUACUGCAGCGAGGUGCCGGCGGGCGCGGCGCUGCUGGGCGAGGCGGUGGCGCGGCUGUUCCCGAAGGACGACGCGGAGCCGACGCCGCCCGGCGCCGCGGACCAGCCGCUGCACGACGUGGUGCAGGAGGCGCUGGACGUUCACUUCCAGGGACUCGUGUUUCGCGAAAGAAACGCCGGGCGCGCUAUCGACGCGCACAUGUCCGACAAAGGGUUCAACGUGCAGAUCGGUGUCGACCCUGAGACGGGCUUCCCCUUCGGUGGCAACGAAGCCAACUGCGGCACCUGGAUGGACAAGAUGGGCUCGUCCGAUCGUGCCGGCAACCGCGGCCAGCCCGCCACGCCGCGCGACGGCAGCGCCGUGGAGCUGGUCGGUCUGGCCUACAGCGUCGUGAGCUGGCUCGCCGCGCAGCACCGCGCCGGCCGCUACCCCUACCCCGGCGUGGUGCGACGCCACCGCGACGGCAGCCUCACGUCCUGGACCUUCGAGCAGUGGGCCGAGCGUAUCCGCCUCAACUUCGAGCGCCACUUCUGGGUGCCGUCCGCGCCCUCUUCGCACGAUCUGCGCCCCGAUCUCGUGCACCGCCGCGCCAUCUACAAAGACAGCCACGGCGCCUCCAAACCUUGGGCCGACUACCAGUUGCGCUGCAACUUUCCCAUCGCCAUGGUCGUCGCGCCCGAGCUGUUCGACCCGCGCCACGCCUGGCUCGCCCUCGACCAGGUGGAGCGCCUUCUGCUCGGUCCGCUGGGCGUCAAGACUCUCGACCCGGCCGACUGGGCGUACCGCCCCGACUACGACAACUCGAACGACGGCGACGACCCCAGCGUCGCCCACGGUUUCAACUACCACCAGGGGCCCGAGUGGGUGUGGCCGCUCGGCUUUUACCUGCGAGCGCGUCUCGUCUUCGCGCCCGAGUGCGGCAAGCGAGCGCGCACCGUGGCCUCCGUGCUCGCCGCGCUCGCGCCCCUGCUCGCCGAGAUCCGCACGUCGCCCUGGCGCGGCCUGCCCGAGCUGUGCAACGCGGGCGGGGCCCACUGCGCCGACUCGUGCCGGACGCAGGCCUGGAGCUCCGGCGUCGUGCUGGAGCCGCGCCGCCUGUACUCGUCGCCCUACGAGCCGCGGCCGCCCCGGCGUCCUCUGGCGGCGCUGCGCCGGCUGUGGCGGCGGGCGCGCCCGCCCGAGCGCCUCGUCUACAACCUGCUGCAGGGCGAGCGCGCCGGCCGCCUGGCCACCGUCGUGUACAGCGACCGCUACUUCCGCUACGGCCUGGCGCUGCGAGCGCGCGACGCGCCGGCUCGACGCCUCGUCGCCGACGAGCUGGGCGUCACCGCAGUCGAGCGGCGCGCCUCGCCCUCGAUCCCUCGACCGCACGCCAUGCCUCUGCGGGUCCCGAUGCCGCGUCUCGCCACUCGCGCGGGCGUAAUCUUAGACGUCGCUCGUUUCCCGCCGCCGGCGCCGCGCUUAACGGACGGACCCCGGAGACGGGCGAUUCCGCCUCGCCUGCUGCUGGUGGAGCCGGACGCUCGCUUCGAGGAGGGACCGGCGAUCUUCGUCGCGACGCCGCGCCGCGCGCUGGACUACCGCCAGGGCUCGAGCGGAGUCGCACCGUCGGUGCCGGCGCCGCAGCCGCGAUGGCGCCGCUCCCCGCCACCGUCGCCGGCGACGACGCCCGAGCGAGCUCCGCGGCCGCAGUUCGCGCUGGCGGACGAGCCCACACCGGAGAGGACGGAGGCGCUCGGGCCGGGCGCGACUCGCGAGGCGCUCGCCAAGAGCUCCGCGCGGGUGAGCGCCGCCAACCUGGCGCCGACGACGCCGAGCGACAAGACUUCGGCCAAGGCGCUGGCGCGUAAAGUGCUGAACACGGAGCGCUACAACAACGGGGCCCGGUGUGCGGGGCGGCGGGGCUCGGACGCGUCGUACGGCGCGGGCGGGGGGCGCGGCGCGGGCGGGGUGCGCGCUCUUCGCCUGCAGCGCGCCACGGUCCGCGCCAUGUUGGCGUUCAGCGGCCUGUUCUACGCGGUGUCCUUCCUCGCCUUCUACUUCCUGAGCCUGCCCUAA